AUGCUAAGCUUCCCCGGUGUGGGACCGGCAAGACUCAAAGUCAGGUCAGGUCAACCACCUGGGAGCUGGGGGAACCCAGGAGGGAGCAUUCAGUCUCGCCUUAACUCUCGUCUCGCACACCCGUGGCCGCUCGCCCUGCGUGGCAUCGGGUACACGCCCCCAUCCCGUGGACUACGCAGCACUAGCGGCGGCACAAGAGGCGACCAUUGCACCACCUCGCGCCCGACGCCUCCCGCUCGUGCACCACCUCCAGCCGCUGCCCGCUCGUGCACCAACUCCUACCCCGGCCCGCCGCCGCCCGCUGAUGCACCACCUCCUGCCCCGGCCAGCCACCGCCCGCUGAUGCACCACUUCCUGCCCGGCCAGCCGCCGCCCGCUGAUGCACCACUUCCUGCCCCGGCCAGCCGCCCGCUGAUGCACCACUUCCUGCCCUGGCCCGCCGCCGCCUGCUCGUGCACCACCUCCCAUCCCGCCCCGACGCCGCCCGCUGUUGCGCCAUCUCGCCGCCCGUCCCUGCAUCGCGUCCGACUCGCCCCCGCCCGACGCCGUCCGCUUGGGCACCACCUCCUGCCCCGCCGGACGCCGCCCGCUCGGGCAACACCUCCCGCCCUGCCCGAAGCCGACCGCUCGGGCACUAGUACUACCUCCUGUCUCGCCCGACGCCGGCCGCUGGUGCUCGCCCCUGCCCUCGCCGCCUGCUCCGGACCGCCCUCGCCGCCUGCUCCGGACCGCCCUCAUCGCCUGCUCCGGGCCGCCCUCAUCGCCUGCUUCGGACAGCCCGCGCUGCCUGUUCCGGACCACCCUCGCCGCCUGUUCCGGACCGCCCUCGCCGCCUGCUCCGGACUGCCCUCGCUGCCUAGCUCGGCCCUGUGGGUCGUCUCUCCCUAUGUUUCUCGUUUCGUGGGGGAGGAGGGGUAA